UCAGAGUUCUUUCUCAAUUCGUAAAUUGUUUGCGGUGUUUCCAUAAGAAUUAUCGGAGCAUUAUUAGCUACAAUAGCUAAGUUCUAUUGAGAAAAUGUGUGCUGUCAGAAGUGGGAUUCGAACCCACGCCUCCAGAGGAGACUGCGACCUGAACGCAGCGCCUUAGACCGCUCGGCCAUCCUGACUGCUUAUGAACAUGUCGAAUAUCUCGAGACUAACUUCCCCGUGAGCCCCAAAAAACGCGUUAAUUCGGUUACUGUGGUGACCAGCCGUCAACAAGCGUUUUGAACUUGUUCGAACGCGGACAAGAGACACAAACAACAGAGUUCUUCAAAAUGUCUCGACCUCACGCUGAGAGUGUGAUUAAAUCCAUUAUCGCUGAGAUAAUCGAGGACUGCGCCGUGAGGGGACACGGUGUGUCGGACACUCUGGCGGCUUUCAUGGUGAAGGCUGUCGUGUUGGACCCAAGAAAUGGGUUCCAUGUUGAUCGAACACUGACGAAAGAGGACAUCAAGAAGCUGGAGGAGAUUUGUCUGAACAAACUGACAGAAAACUGCAGUCCGUCCUUCGACACAGUCAAGAUGCAAGUUUAUUUUGAAAUGAACUUCAGCUCCAGACGUGAGUUUCUUGAAGACGUCCACCGGGGCCUGGAGUCGCGGCUCCGGCCUGUGGUCGCAGAGAUCACCGAGAGCAGAGUGAGAACACGGGACCAGCUGGAUUCUCUUUACCGCAGGAUCGUCUCCUACAUCGUUCUGCGUUCUGGCAUGGGUUCUCCGGCUGACGUCCACACGGUGAAGGAGGCCACGGCUGCCCUCCACAGUGUCUUUCCUCCCACUGAACUGGGGGCCUUCAUGGUUCUGCUGAAGAACGACAAGGAGCAGCAACUGGAUGAGCUGGUCACGAUCGUGACGGGGAUCCGACUCUUCAAUAAGGCCUGCAGGACGGGAGUGGAGCAGAGCGACCUCCGUGAACUCAUGCCAGACGUUCUCAACCAAGUUCUUCCAGUCGUCAGCAGAAACACGGAGCAGCAGCUGAGUCUGUCACAGAGUCUGGCCUGGAGAUACACAGCAGUGCUGGAGAAGAUGUCCGACCCUGACCACACCCCUGACCCUGACCACCCCCCUGACCCUGACCACACCCCCGACCUUGACCACCCCUCCGACCCUGACCCCGACCCUGACCACCCCUCCGACCCUGACCGCCCCCCCGUCCACCUGCUUAAAGAAGCCCUGUACAACGUGCGUCAGCAGGAGGCGUUCCUCCGACUGUUGCUGGCCGAGACACGUGUUUGUACCAAGCACGUUGAACUCCUGCAGAGGGCGCUGUUGUCUCAGAUAAAGCUGAUGAAGGAGACGGUGGCGUCGAAGACGGCUGUUCCCACCACCAAAGUUUUCCCACUGUUCAAGGCUUUAUCAAAAGUAUGGUCAGAACUCCAGGACGAGGCUGAGCUGCUGAACAUCCUCGGUGACAUUGCCCUCAACCUGCAGCCCUUCCUCUCCUCCCAGGCCCAGGUUUUCUCUGAGGAGUAUUUGGGAGACCUGCUGGGGGGGUGUGAAGUCAAGACGGAUGAACAGAGACUGACGGAGACUUCAGGUGAAUCACUGGAUUGGCUGCAGCCUGAAACGGCUGGUUUCAGUGAGAUGUUGCUGCAGUAUAAUGGAUUCUGUGGCUCCACGUUUGUCUCCAAGGACGGACUUCUUCUACCAGGUAAUCCACACAUUGGACUCCUGAAACACAGGGAGAAGCUCUACGCCUUCAGCUCCAGAGAGGCUGCCUUGACGUUUGCCUCCUGUCCAGACAAGUUCAUCUCAGAGGUUUUGGAGAGAGCCAAGCUCUCACCUGAACUCCUUCAGCUGCUCAGGCUCCAACAGCACGUCUCCGGUGUCAGUGCGGGCUCCGAGUUGCUGCUCGGGGAGAGUGCACUGGUGAAGCCUGUGACUAAAUGUGAGGGCGGCACACAGACCGACCUCCACCCCGUGGAGUCCAACAUCGUCACGUCGUACGAGUGGAACGAGUGGGAGCUGAGACGGAAGGCCCUCAAACUGGCCGAUCUUCGCUCCAAAGUGACUCACUCGACGCAGACUCACUUGAGCCACAUGCGACGGGAGAACGCGUCUCAGACGUGGCCUCUGAAGGAGGCUUCCUGUCAGAGCAAGAGAGACGGUGGGAGCAGCGUCCCCAAACCGCAGACCUACCUGACGGGUCUGAGAGGACAGAGAGUGGGACAUGUGGUGAAGACCGACCUGACCAGACCAGCUCAUGACUAACAACUGGAAUAUAUAUAUAUACAAACAAAAGAGGAAUUUCUUUUACUGAAAUAAACGCGUGCAUGUCACAAA